AGUUUUCCUUCUUGUGUGUGUUAAACUUGUGGCAGUCAGCUGUUGGAUGUGCAGUGUUAGAUGUGUGUGUGUGUGUGUGUGAGUGGAUGUUGUGUGUGACUGUGUACCCAGCUCAAUAGGACAACGUGAGAGAUAACUACAGGAGAUUUUCCCAUUUGUUGUCCUUUUAUCUAAAGGAAUAGCCUACCGACACCGAUUGUCACGCGCUCCCCUCUCUUGGCUCCCUGUGUUUCAGCUCCCUGCGUUUCUGUGUGCUAGUCCAGCAGGUCUCGAGGUAUCUGGUCAGUGGAGUGAGAAGUAAAUGUGAUCUCCAGAACCGGAGCCUGCAGAAGGAUAACAUGGCCCUAGCCGGGUGUCCAGACUACUUCCUCCUCCAAUCUAACUUCCAGGAAACUGUGGACCGGACUUCCUCCCACAGACCGGACGAUUUGAAUGGUCAAGGGUUUCAACUCUCUGCCCAUCGGAACUCCGACCACCAAGAUGAUGUGGAUCUGGAGGCGUUGGUGAAUGACAUGAACUCCUCUCUGGAGAGUCUCUACUCCAGCUGCAAUACCCACACAGAGACGGCCCCGCUGCUGCACAACAGUCACGUGCACACCCCUCAUCACGGGCACGCUCCUCAUCGGCGCGGCCCUCGCUCCCAGCGCCCUACGCCCCCUAUUCCCCUCUCCUGCCCCCAAGAGAGGCUGUGUCGCUCUCAGCCCGUACACAUCAACGCCUUCAUGAGGCUCCAGGAGGAGCAGCAGCAGUGUCGUCCCUCCUCUCUCCCUGCCGUCAUCAACCCCUUCCCUGAACUCUGCACCCCCACUGGCUCUCCCAUCCUCGGCCUCAUACACACCACAGACAACCAUAUCAUCAAGGUGUACAGUGAGGAUGGAGCAGGGAAGGUGGUGGAGGUGCCGGCUGAUAUGAGGGCCAGAGACGUGUGUCAGCUCCUGGUCUAUAAGAGCCACUGUUUGGACGACAACAGCUGGAGCCUGGUGGAGCAUCACCCACUACUGGGCCUCGAGCGCUGUCUGGAGGACCAUGAGUUGGUGGUUCAGGUUCAAGCCUCUAUGACCAGUGACAGUAAAUUCCUCUUCAGGAAGAACUAUGCCAAAUAUGAAUUCUUCAGGAACCCCCUGAACUUCUUUCCGGAGCAGAUGGUGGCAUGGUGUCAGGUAUCUAACGGCUCCAUCCCCCAGUCACAGCUCUUACAGAACUUCCUAAACUCCAGCAGCUGUCCUGAGGUGCAGGGGUUCCUCUAUCUGAAGGAGUCUGGCAGGAAGUCCUGGAAGAGACUCUCCAUGUUCCUCAGACGCUCUGGACUCUACUACUCCACUAAAGGAUCCUCCAAGGAGCCCAGACACCUCCAGUUGUUGUCAGACCUGGAGGACAGUAGUGUGUUCACAGUGACCACAGGGAGGAAGCUGCACAACGCCCCCACUGACUACCAGUUCUGUAUCAAGCCCAGUAAGGUGAGGAGUGAGUGCAAGGAGCUGAGGAUGCUGUGCGCCGAAGAUGACCAGAGCAGAACCUGCUGGAUGACUGCCUUCAGACUGUUAAAGUAUGGGAUAUUACUGUAUCAGAACUACAAGAGUCCCCAGCAGCGGAAGUCUCCUGUCUCACACUUCUCAACUCCUGUGAGGAGUGUGUCUGAGAACUCUCUGGUGGCCAUGGACUUCUCUGGCAGGACGGGACGCGUCAUAGAGAACCCUCUGGAAGCACAGAGUGCCGCAGUGGAGGAGGGACAGACAUGGAGGAAACGUGGUCACCGUAUGAAUGCUCUGGGCAGUCCCAGCCUCCUCCACCCAUCUUCUCUCAGCUCAGUGAUCCACAGAACACAGCUAUGGUUCCAUGGUCGCAUCAUUAGAGAAGAGUCCCACAAGAUGAUCAUGCAACAAGGACAAGUAGACGGGUUGUUCCUGCUGAGAGACAGUCAAAGUAACCCCAAGGCGUUUGUCCUGACCUUGUGCCACCACCAGAAGAUCAGACACUUCCAGAUCCUACCGUGUGAAGAGGAAGGUCAGAUGUUGUUCAGUUUGGAUGAUGGCUCCACUAAGUUCACAGACCUGAUCCACCUGGUGGAGUUCUACCAGCUCAACAGAGGGGUGCUGCCCUGCAAGCUCAAACACCCCUGUACCGCCGUUGCCUUGUGACCCUUCACCCCUGACCUCUGACCCGUGAACCAUACGCCUGCCCUCUGGUCUCACUAAACUACCCUCUGUCUGCAGUUAAAUUCUCUACCCCUUGUUCACUAGCUCGUCAAGUGUGCACUUAUUCACUCGUUCCUUGUGGAUUUAAAAGGAAUGGAGUGUUGGAAGCUGAUGGUACAUGCUUAGUUACACCAAUGCUUUUAAAAUGCAUGAGGGGUAGUGAACAAUUGCACACUUUGGGGGGGGAAUUGGAAAGUGGCCACACAGAUAGAUAAAUCGACAGACAAAAAUACAUGUGGUGUACUAUAGUAAUCUGUGGAUCCAACCAAGCCCCUGUUUCCUCCUCCUUCACCCACCUCAGACAGACGAUAGACAGGGGGCUGGUUUCCCCGCACUUCUUUAUUGAUCAUCAGGAAUCGAAUCGAU